AUGGUUACAGAAAUAACAAAAUUUUUUAUAUCAACAGGGAGGCACCUGGUGAGUGUAUUGGAGGACUUGAACUUGGAGCGGUACUACAGGGAGAAACAAUCACGUAGCAAAUUACUUGAGAUUGAUGAGCAGAUGAUUAAAGAUGAACCUGCCAAGUAUAAAUCAGACCUCCCAUGGUAUUUUCUAAAGGAACUGAUGAUGGUUAAUGUCACAGCUAGAAAUAGGAUAAAACUUAAUGAUCAAUCAUUGAUCACAGACAUGCCAAACCCACUCGACAUAAUCACUGCUCUUUUUCUGUGUUCUGAUGGUUUUGUACAGCAGGAAAUGGCACUCAAAAUGUCUAUGUGUCAGUUCUCUGUUCCUCUGCUGCUUCCCAAUUGUGACACCAAUCAGUGCACACUCAUGCUGUGGGCCAUGAGAGACAUUGUUAAAAAGUACAGACCUCAGUCUCUGUCAGAAUCCAAGGGCUUCAUUGAAGACAGAAUUGUUCUGUCUGAACUUCCAAUGAUCUCUUUUGUCAGACUGGGUGAGUGCUCCUUGUCCAAGUCAGAGAUUCUCAAUAAGCUUUUGAGCAAUUCUCAGCAGUACCAUGACACCUUUGUUCACCGCAACAUGGAGUGUGGUGACAGUCCAAGAGCAAUAUCCAACGGACUGACUGAAAUUACUUGGUAUCUUCCUUGUGGAAACACAAACAUUGAUAUUUUCAGCCAGCCAGUGGCUGUAGCCAACCUUCAUGGGGACAUUGAAUCUUUUGAAACACAAUACUCCUUUCUGUGCCAGACAUCUGCAGCAGUUUUCGUGUUCUUCGGCGAUUUGGAUGAGUCUGAGCACAGUCUACUCACUAACAUAAACCAAAAGACACAGAUCUUCUUGGUUGGUAAUGGUGAAAGUAAUAACGAGGUUUUAAGAACAGUAGCAAACAAAUUGGGCUUGAGUAACAACAACAUCAUAACUAAGAAGAAACAGAAAAAUGAUGCAGAUUUUGUACAAACUUUGAGAAAAAAAGUCAGAGAUGUGGUGAAGAACUCAAAGAUUAAGAUGACAAUAGAGCAGAUGGCAGACAUUGCCUAUAAACUGGGAAUCCUGGUUGAUGAAGACUCUCCAGAGUGUCAGAAUGCAAAGACAAAUGCAGAUGUCAUCACUGCUGAAAUUCAAGACAUCCAUAGAUUCAAAGAAGAUCAGCUUCCACGGCAAGGUGAAAUAUGGAAAGAACUGACCUGCUUAGAGAAGGAAGAAUUUCGACUUCAACAUAUCGGGUCUAGAAAUAUUGAAGAUUACAGAAGCGAACUUCUGUUACAGAAAAAAGAACUGCGGAAAAAGCAGAACUCUUAUAACAUGUCAACAGCUAUGACAUGCUUCAUCAAUGCAAUAUCAAGCCAAGGAACAGAGAGGUUUUAUUUCUUGAAAUGGAUGCAAAUGAACCUGGAUAACCUGUCUCGUACAAAACUGUCUGAACUUCAGGAGAAAUAUAAAGAAAAAUGCAAGAACUCUGAGAACAAAGAAGAGAUCAAGGAAAUUGACAGACAAAUUUCCAACAGCUCACUGGGGACUGAACACUUCUUCCGUGAAAUGGGUCAGAUCUAUGAAGCCUCACUGUCCCUUCCACAAACAGAUCCAUCACGUCAACAGCUGCAGCAUCUGCCCAAACUGUGUGCAGAGUUGUUGCUUGAUGGAUUUCCUCUUGAGCUUGUAGAUGGAGAUGCAUCCAACAUCCCUCUCAGAUGGGUGACUGAUGUUCUCUCUCAGCUCAGUGACUUGGUGUCUCCAAACAGAAAGAUCCUGGUAGUCACAGUUCUUGGAGUUCAGGGCACAGGAAAGUCCACUCUCCUUAACACCAUGUUUGGAGUGCAGUUUGCAGUCAGCAGUGGUCGAUGUACUCGAGGUGCCUUUAUGUCGCUCAUCAAAAUCGAUGAAGACAUGAAAAAAGUCCUAAACUGUGACUUCAUGCUGAUCAUUGACACUGAGGGGUUGAAGUCACCAGAACUUGCACAACUGGACAACAGCUAUGCAGCAGCCAAAAUGGAAAAGAAAGAGGAGAACAAGAGCUUCACUGAUGUGAUGGAGUACAGUCCAGACACUGGGAACUGGUACAUUCCUGGACUGUGGAAUGGAAACCCACCAAUGGCACCAGUCAGUGUAGGGUACAGUGAGGCUGUAUAUGAGCUCAAGAAACACAUCAUCCAACUGCUGGGAAACUGUGAGUCAUCGGCCAAGGAUAUCUUGGAUUUUAAAGAGUGGAUGUCAAACCUAUGGAAUGCAGUAAAGCACGAAAGCUUCAUCUUCAGCUUCAGAAACAAUCUCGUAGCUGAUUUAUACAUGAGACUCUGCACAGAAUUCAACAAAUGGGAGUGGGAAUUCAAAAAAGAGAUGUACACCUUUGUAACCAACGCAGAAAGAAGAAUUUCCAAUUUUGGUAAAGUUGCUGUAAAAUCUGAAUCUUCUGACAUCAAUGAAUUUCUCAAACGUUUGAAAAUUGAAGCCUCCACAGUGCUGUCCACAUGGGAGACAAGACUUCUAGAAAAUCUGAGACAAUAUUUUAAGAAAACAGACGGUCAUGGAUAUCUUGUCGAAGGAUAUAAAGAGGAAUUCUCAAGCAAUGCAAAGAGCCUUCGGCGUGAAAUGGAAAGGACUGUUUUUAAUCAGCUCACAGCAGCAGCAGAAAUCACACAGGAAAUGAUAGAAAUUGAUAGAAUCAAAGAGAAUCACAUAAAAGAGAUUGAAAAUGCAGUUUGGGGACUGAUUAAUGAGUGUUGGAAAAAUAAUGCUCCGAUGGGAGAGACAGAACUUGAAAAUAAGUUUCUCAAGAUGUGGUGUGAAACACUGAAGAAACUUCCUUGUUCUGAAAAGCAAGCUAAGCAAAUCUUUACCAAUGCAGCAUCUUAUCUGAGAGAAAGCCUGAAACAUAAAGGGGACGUUUCACUUGAACUCUUAGAAAAAAAGCUGGAAGAUUGUGGUUUGGUACCUUUCAGAUAUACAGCUGAAAGAUACUCAAAUAGAGUUGAGGAAGUAGAUAUGUUUUUUGACAUUCAAGAUUACAUAAUGGCUGCACAAAAACUGGCUGACAGCAUCAUAGAUGUUUGCACUCAAUUUGUGAGAGAAAAAGUGAGAAGGAAAAAAAUGUACUGUGACACAUACAUCAAGGAGAUCCUACACAUCACUGAUGAGAACCUUGAGAAAAACCAAGAGGUCAAGGCAGACAUUAUGUUUGAAGUUUUUCUAAAACAGCACGUCUGUGGAAUUGCAGCCAGAGAGUUUAAGAAAGUGCAUGAAGAAAAUGAUCCCUACAGAUGUUUGAUUAAGAACAAGGACAGGUUUUGUGAUGAUUUCAAACAUGUGGUUAAUAAAGAAGACCAAUGCCAAAAGAAGGCAGAAGAAUUCACCAACCAGUGCUUGAAGCCUGCUGUUCAAGACUUUAUCAAUCAGUCCCUGGGUCCUAAAAUCAUUGAUGAAAUGCUGACAUGUGAGCAGUUUAGCACACGAAUGUCCUUCCAGUGUUCAAUCUUACUGGAUCUGCUUUCGAAGGAGGAUUUUAAAAACUACCAGAGAUAUAUUUUCUCAUAUCAGGAUUAUGUAAAGACAUGGAUACUCAACCAAAUAGUGGAGCACUUCUCAACAAUAUCUGAGUUUGAGGACAGACAUCUCCAGUCAUGUAUCAGAAGCAUAAAUGAUGCCAUCAACAAGGCAAAAACAGGAAAGAGUGAUAAUGUGAAGACAUUUGUUGAAGAUAUUUGUAAAGAACUUGGUGAUAAACUGGUCAUUUCCAAAGAUGCUCUUGGUGCUUUCAUGUUUUUGAACAAUGCUGACAAGAAUCAGUUUGCUGACUGGCUCACAGUGUUUGUGAACGAAAUGUACCAAGAUCUGAGAAAAGAGUUUCAAACAUUGAACUUUGAAGUGAAACUACAGCAGCUCCAUGUGCAUCCUGAGAAUGAGCUUUUCAACAAACUGGUUGGUUGUGGCAAACAGUGUCCAUUCUGCAAAGUUGUCUGUGAUGCAGGAGGAGGAGGUCAUACUGAGCACUUUGCUCUACUGCAUCGGCCUCAGGGUCUGGGUAGAUACACUUGGCAUGUAACAAAGAAACUUGUCACUAACAUAUGCUCUUCCUCUGUGAUCAGUGAGCAGUGUUUUAGCUGCAUUGAUACAAAUGGUAGAUGGCACCCUUACAAGAAAUACAAGGAAAUUUACCCAGACUGGAAAAUCCCUCCAGAUUCGAGCCUUGAGGCAUCGGACUACUGGAAAUAUGUAAUGGCAAAGUACAACAUGGACCUUGCCAAAGAAUAUAAUGCAAACCCUGCUGAUAUUCCUGAAAGUUGGAAUGACAUCACAAAAGAACAGGCAGAAAAAAGCCUCAAGAAAUCAUUUAACAUCAAGUAA